AAUAUGACGUGUAUCGCUCGUGGAGCUGACAGUGGUUCAUUGACCCAGUUUGGAGAAACAGCAGUCCUAAGCUGGUUUGAAUGAGCGGCGCGGGGAGCGCGUGGUGGAGUGGAGAGCUUGUGCAGACUGUCUCGUGUCCAGGACGCGCGCCCUCACUCCACGCGCAGAGCACAAUGCUGGAGCCCAAGUUUUCAUCCACGCAAUGAAUCCCGCAAACGAGAGCAGAGUCGGGAGAAGUGUGGACUCGGAUCAUCACCUUUUUGCUGCUGGAACCUACAAACUUCUGGCUCUGACCAUCGGCACCAUCGGAGUGUUCGGCUUCUGUAACAACGUGGUGGUCAUCAUCCUGUACUGUAAAUUCAAGCGGCUCCGCACACCCACAAACCUGCUGCUGGUCAACAUCAGUGUGAGUGACCUGCUCGUUUCUGUCAUCGGAAUAAACUUUACCUUUGCUGCGUGCGUCCAAGGCGGAUGGAAGUGGAGCCCGGCGACAUGCGUGUGGGACGGCUUCAGCAACAGCCUGUUCGGCAUCGUUUCCAUCAUGACUCUGGCGGCCCUGGCCUAUGAGCGCUACAUCCGGGUGGUCCAUGCGCAGGUGGUGGACUUCCCCUGGGUGUGGCGGGCCAUGGCCCACAUCUGGCUGUACUCCCUGGCCUGGACGGGGGCUCCUCUGCUGGGGUGGAACCGCUACAAGCUGGAGAUCCAUCGGCUGGGCUGCUCGCUGGACUGGGCAUCUAAAGACCCAAACGAUGCCUCCUUCAUCCUCCUCUUCCUCCUGGCCUGCUUCUUUGUGCCUGUGGGAAUCAUGAUCUACUGCUAUGGGAACAUCCUCUACACUGUGCAAAUGCUGCGUUCCAUUCAGGACCUGCAGACGGUCCAGAUCAUCAAGAUCCUACGGUACGAGAAGAAGAUAGCUGUCAUGUUUUUCCUGAUGAUCUCCUGCUUCCUGGUGUGCUGGACGCCCUACGCUGUCGUCUCCAUGAUGGAGGCCUUCGGCAGGAAGAGCAUGGUCUCUCCCACCCUGGCCAUCAUCCCCUCUUUCUUUGCCAAGUCCAGCACGUUCUACAACCCGCUCAUCUACGUGUUCAUGAGCAGAAAGUUCCGCCGCUGCUUGUCGCAGCUGCUCUGCUCGCGGCUCUCUUGGUUGCAGCGCAGCCUCAAAGAGCGCCCCCUAGCUCCUGUCGAGCGUCCCAUCCGACCCAUCGUGGUGUCGAGGCAGUACGGCAGCAGGGACCGACCCAAAAAGAGGGUGACCUUCAGCUCCUCCUCCAUCGUCUUCAUCAUCACCAGCCAUGACUUCGAUCAGAUGGAUGUAACCUCCAAGGCUGCAGAGUCCAGCGAGGUUAACGUCAUCCAAGUGAGGCCGUUGUGAUCCACAAAGACUGGACCACCCACCCAAACCCCCACCACUCUGUUUGCCUUAGGACCUUACAUACAGUUCCAAGCCAAAAUGACCUUACGUGACCUCUCUGGACAUUUCUGCGUCUACACAUGUGUAGGUGAUUGUUAAGAUGCGUUCAGACAAAAAGCAAAGAGAAUUUUUGAAGCAUGAAAUGACGUACACAGUUGUUCAUGCUAACAAUAUUUGGGCUAACAGAAGUAGCAUUGAGAUCGCUGUAAUUUUAACUUAAGAAACAAUCUUUUUUUUGUACAUUUGGUAGCAUCUCGAAGGUCUGCACAGCUAAAGUUGUGUCUGGUCAAAAGUCGGUGGGCUUAACAAAUGAAGCACAAAUGAUCAGCAAUCCAAGCGGUCGUUCCAUGACACCGGUCACUCAUUUACACCACAGGAGUGAAUGGAAGAGGAUGCUACAGUGUUUAGGCAGUAAAUUAUUAGCGAUAUUGUUUGUGCUUCUUGUUAAAAUAGCAGAGGAGAUACCAACACAGAAAUUCACCUGUGCUAAAAAGCCACAAAAAGGUGAAUAAAAAUAGAAUCUUAAGUUCCAGUUCUUGACUAUAAUCCCUGCUGCAAGGACUGAGAUGUUUGAUCAUGUUUUUAUUCUCCUUUUUGCACUGUACAUCACAUGGGAGGACUGAAAAUCUUCAGUGUUUCAGCACCUUAAAUUAGACCAGUCUAAUUUAAAUCUUAUUAUCAAUCAUAAUGACUGCGAUAAGUUAUGACAACCAACUAACUAUUACUGUUUUGACGACUCGUGUCUUAAUUAAAGAGGCUAUUUUGCUAUUUUUCUCAGCCUGUGGACUUUUUGUGGAUUUUUAGCCCAGGCAAAAUUGUUGUGCAGGUAUCUCCUCUGCCAUUUUUUCUUCAAUAUUUCCUCUAGUACCGAAUCACAGUCAUGUUUUUGAUGCUGUCAGUAGGUUCGGUUUCACAGCACCUCUGAGUAUUUAAUUAUUUUUAUUUAACAUUAGGUGUGGUUGCUACUCAAACUUUAAAACCACCUGUUGUAAGUUAUUUGAAGAUAUUGUUUUCUUCUGUAUCGUAUAAGAAAGGGAAGGCUUAGCCCUGCUGGCCUGUUUAUAUCAUCCGUACCUGAUAAUGAUAUUGAUUCAGCAUCCCCUCUGCCUGAUAAUUGCUAAGAAAACACAACAUCUGUUUACUUUGGGUUCAUAUUGCCCUGUUAGCGGGAUUUCAGCGGUCAUGUGACUUGCUUCAUACAAUGAACUGCCUAAAUUUAAAUGGACAGGUGUUCUCCAGCCUUUAAUGAUAAAUUGACUUGGACUUCUAUAGCACUUUUCUUGUCUUCUGACUACUCAAAGCACUUUUACACAACACUUAAAAUUCACCCACUGAUGGAGGAGGCUGCUACGUAAAGUGACCAACCGGCCAACAAUAUUCACACACCAUUGGUGUAGCAGCGGGAACAAUUUGAGGUUCAAGAGCCGCUCCUGUCGCCUAGCAACCACAAAAGCUGCACCAGAACUAGCUAAUAUAACUGACUAAUCUAUCAAUUUAAAUAUAAUUUCAAGUUUCACGGCCUCGUCUGUUUUUAUCAUUUGUUUUGCUUGAUUUUUGACUAAACUUAAAUAAUUAAUUGACAUAUAAAAGUGUUAUAUUCUGCCGUUUGAUGGUCUGACUUUU